AUGCGAAGCCUCAUCCUGCUGUGUCUCUGUGCCACCCCAGCAUCAGCCUGUGGGAUCCAGGCCAGCCCGUCCCCCUGGAGAUCAGUGCAGGAGUUUGCAGCCACAGACCAGUUCCCGUGGGUGGUGGCACUGCAAGACACGCAGCACAACCUCCUGGCCUUCGGCUCCAUCCUGAACGAGCACUGGAUCCUCAGUGCUGCAUCCAGCCUACGGAGCAGGCAGCAGGUGCUGGCCUUGGUUGGGCUGAGCGCCAUGAAGAGGCGAUGGGAGGACCAGCCCCAGUAUUCGAUCAGCUCUAUCAUCCCCCACGAGGACUUUGAUGAGGUGACACUCUACAACAACAUCGCUCUGCUCAGGACAGCUGCCCCACUGGAGUUCAGCAGCAUCAGUCAACCUAUCUGCUUUCCCCAUGGGAGCCUCUCUGCCUCAGACCUUGUGAACUGCUGGGUCUCAGGCUGGAUCCAUCCCACCACAGGCCUGCGGGUGCUGCUCCUGGUCCCUGGACCUCUCCCGCUGCCGGGGCCUCCAAGGGCCUUGGGUGUGCUCAGGGUCAAAGAUGCUCGGGAGGCAAUCCGAGAGGCGUUCUAUGUGGGUGAUGCCGGCAACCCUGUCAUGUGCCAGAUUAGAGGGACUGAGAAAUGGGUCCUGAAAGGCAUUCUCAGUGAGGGCGGUGUCAGAUGCUACGGACCGUUCCUGUACACCCCAGUGUCCUACUACAGCGACUGGAUCUUGGCCACGACCGAGAGGACAGGACCUCCCGCACUCCCAACACUGGGAAUCCCCUCUGGUUCCUCCUGCAUCACGUGGUCACCAGGGCUUGCCCAGAAAGAAAGGACAAUUCCUGUGAACAUGUCAGAUUUGAUGACCAGAGAAUAA